AUGAUUGUUCAAAAAUCAAUUCCGAUUGCAUAUCGAAUUUAUGAUAAUGUCAAUGCUUUUACUACUCUUCUUGCCCAAAUUGAUACAUUGAUGAUCAUGUUGAAAGACUUGUCCAAAAAACAAGAAACUUUUCUUGGAGAUCCUAUUGCUGAAAUUAUUGAAGCAGCAAAGGAGUUGAACAUUUCGAUUUUGUGCCGACGAGCAAGCGCUGCUAUGGUGUUGUGGAGAAGAGCACAAAGUCCAAAAGAAAAAGAACAAUAUUCUACAAUUAUGGAACAAGAUUAUGCCAAAGCUCUUGAGUCUGGAUCUGAGAGUGACGAAGUGAAUUUUGCAUAUGCAACCUAUUUGAGAAUUGUCAAAUCAGAUUUGAGAAUGGCUUUACAUCAUAUUUCAAAAUCUAUUGAUUUAAACAAUGCAGUUCCAGUUAAAUUUCUAAAACGAGCUGAAUUGAACUUGGAAUUGUUUGAUGAAAUGAAAGAUAGUGAAGCCGCCAUGAAUAUUGAAGAAGAAAGUCCUGCUUCUGAAGAGUCAAAUUCAGCUGAAACAUCAAAUGAAAGAACCAAUAAUGAUACAUCACAAGUUGGCAACACACUCUCUGUGAAAAUUAAUUCAGAGUGGAAUGACGACGCUCUCCAAGUUCUCAACAAUUGUCUCAUGGACUGCGAGAGGUAUAUCGAAGACUCGAUCCAAUAUGCCAAGAAGAAUAAUAUUACCGAUUUCACUCUUGACUAUUACGUUUAUUAUGUGAGAGGAAGAGUCUUUUCAGAGACAUUCAUGUCUGAAAUGGCCAAUUCGUCCAGUAGCUCAGUGUUUCUGAACAAUGCUGAACGGGAUUUCACCUUAUUUGUAGAGCAUUUCGAAAAACCAGAAAAUGAGUCCAUGAUCUCAAAAGAUAUUCUUGCUGAGGGCUAUGUCAGACGUGCAGUGUGCCGAAUGCAUUCAAAGAAUUUGAAUGGCUCGACUUCUGAUAUUGAAAGAGCGAGCGCACUUUUGGAUUCACAUCCACAUUUACGUGAUUCACAUCCUGACUUGCACAAUUACAUUGAAGAGUUGAAAUUACAGAUCCAAACGCUUCAACAAUUCCAAUCCCUCUAUGAUCGAGCUACAGAACUGGGAGCGAAAGCAGCCCAAGGUCAAUCCACUGGUGACUCUGACAAAGCACUCGAGUAUUUGAAUGAAGCAAUUACAAUUAGCGAGCAUUCCCCAAUUCCAACUUUGUACACUCAACGGUCCAUGGUUUAUUACGACAAGUUUUUGAAGAGAUGUAAAGAAGGUAUUCCACACAGUGAUCCAACUUCGACACAAUAUAUUGAACGAGUGGCACAUGACUGCAAAAAGCCAUCGAAAUUGAUCCAUCUCCUCGGACAACUGAAGCCAGAGUUGUGUUGGCAGAGUAUUACAAAAAUGUGA